CACACCCAAAUUGAGCAUGAGCCGCCAAAGCUGUAAUGCAGAUUGGGGAGAACUGACCACAUAUUUCUGCCGGCCCAGACUGUGAGCGACUGAGAAAAAAGGACACGUUCCAGCAAGCUCCCGAGCGAUCCCAUAUUCAAAUAUCACCCCACGCACCCAACAAUUCCCCAGGCACUGAGUCACGGAAACCGUUUUCUUCUUUGUGUGCGCGUGCCGGGAGCAGACGAGGUUCUGCUAGUUUCACUUUUCACUUGACUCUCGCAUUCGACCUGUUCAUUCUGUUCUUGAUACCCUUUCUUUCAUUCCACCCACAUCACACCGCCAAGGAGCUCUCCCAAGAUGCAGUAUCGCUUCAUCGCAGCUGCGCUGUCCACAGCUAGCCUCUUUGUCGGCACCUAUGCGGCCGAAGAUGCUCAAAAGGUCAUCAAGGAUGAUGCGACCGCUGCUUCCAGUGCUGCCCCGAGCUCUACAAGCUCAGCAGCGCCGGAGCUUUCCACAUUCAAGCCUACAAAGCUCAAGGCUCCAUUCCUAGAGCAGUUUACCGAAGACUGGGAGACGCGAUGGAAGCCAUCGCACGCCAAGAAGAACAUGAAGGGAUCCGGAAAGGAUGAGGAGGAGUGGGCUUUCGUCGGUGAAUGGGCCGUUGAGGAGCCUACAGUAUACAAGGGCAUGGAGGGCGACAAGGGUCUCGUUGUGAAGAACCCGGCCGCCCACCACGCUAUCUCCGCCAAGUUCCCCAAGAAGAUUGACGCCAAGGGCAAGCCUUUGGUUGUUCAGUAUGAGGUCAAGCUUCAGAAGGGCCUCGAGUGCGGUGGCGCCUACAUGAAGCUCCUCAGGGACAACAAGGCUCUUCACCAGGACGAGUUCAGCAACACUACCCCCUACGUGAUCAUGUUCGGUCCCGACAAGUGCGGUCACACCAACAAGGUUCACUUUAUCUUCAACCACAAGAACCCUAAGACGGGCGAGUACGAGGAGAAGCACCUGAACAGCCCACCCACCGCUCGCAUCGUUAAGACGACCGAGCUCUACACUCUGAUUGUUCACCCGAACAACACCUUCAUCAUCCAGCAAAAUGGAGAGCAGGUGAAGCAGGGCAGCCUUCUGGAGGACUUUACCCCUGCGGUCAACCCUCCCGCGGAGAUCGACGAUGCCAAGGACAAGAAGCCCGAGGACUGGGUUGACGAGGCGCGUAUCGCUGACCCCGAGGCCAAGAAGCCUGAGGACUGGGACGAGGAAGCCCCGUACGAGAUUGUUGAUGAGGAGGCUACCAAGCCUGAGGAUUGGCUUGAGGAGGAGCCUUUGAGCAUUCCCGACCCUGAGUCCAAGAAGCCCGAGGACUGGGAUGACGAGGAGGAUGGUGACUGGAUCGCCCCGACUGUUCCCAACCCCAAGUGUGGCGAGGUUUCUGGCUGUGGUCCCUGGACUAAGCCCAUGAUCAAGAACCCGGCCUACAAGGGCAAGUGGACCGCGCCUCUCAUCGACAACCCUGCCUACAAGGGCGAGUGGGCUCCUCGCAAGAUUAAGAACCCUGACUACUUUGAGGACAAGACUCCUGCCAACUUCGAGCCCAUGGGAGCUAUCGGCUUUGAGAUCUGGACCAUGCAGAACGACAUCCUCUUUGACAAUAUCUACAUCGGCCACUCCGUCGAGGAGGCCCGCAAGUUUGCCGAGGAGACCUUCUUCGAGAAGCACCCCAUUGAGCAGCUUCUUGAGCUCGCUGAGAAGCCCAAGGAGGAGGAGACGCCCAAGCCAACCGGCGAGAAGACUCUCCUGGAGGACCCCGUCGCCUACGCCAAGGAGAGGCUCGACCUGUUCCUCAGCAUUGCCAAGGACAGCGUUCCGGAUGCCAUUCGUCUGGUUCCCCAGGUUCCUGCGGCCGCUGGUGCCAUUCUCGUCACCCUGAUUGCCCUCCUUUCAGCUGUUCUCGGCGGUGGCUCGGCUGCCCCGGCCGCUAAGAAGGUUGCUUCUGAUGUCAAGGACAAGGCUAAGGAUGUCAAGGCUUCCGCCGUGGCCACCGGAGCUGAGGUCAAGGAGGGCGCUACCAAGCGUGCUACCCGCAGCCAGCAGUAAGGCGGAGUUGUGGGGGGUGGUGGAGUCGUGGAAUAAUGGCUUCAUAAAAGUCCGAAAAAGAAAGACAUGUUUUUAAGGCCAUAACGAAUGUUUACCGAGCAAUUUGCCGAUGAAGUUUACAAACCGGGAUUAGGAGUUUUUCUGUCUUUUGCACCACUUGGCCAACUUUUAUUUCCCGAUUAAUAGGCGUGGUAUGUGAUUUUCGGUUGUAUUUUUACAGCAUCGGGAGAUAGUAGCUAGUGAAUAUCUGAUAAAAAGCGAAGGUGAUUUCCUUUCCUUGUGAUAGAUGUACGGUUCCAUUUUUGAAAAUGCCUG